UGCCAGAGGAACCUCCAGCUGCCCGUCGCGGAGAGCGUGCCUGGCUCGCUGCCGGUGUCGGCAUUCUUGGGGAACCAGGAUUUCACUUUGCAGCGGGGGAAGCAGCUGAAUGCAUGGCUGCUGCUGAAAUACUUGAAGUUUUGCUACAGCGACCCGACGAAAAUUGGCGUCUUGGCAAAGCAAUACCUUGAGCGAGGCCUUCUGGUGCCGGACCACGUCAUCACGCGCGUGAUGAUGACGGAGCUGGAGAAGCGACGAGAGCAGCACUGGCUGCUGGAUGGUUUCCCUCGGACGCUGGGGCAAGCCGAGGCGCUGGACAGGAUCUGUGAGCUGGACCUGGUGAUCAGCUUGAACAUCCCUUUCGAGACGCUGAAGGAUCGGCUGAGCGCCCGCUGGGUCCACCCGGCCAGCGGAAGGGUGUACAACAUGGACUUCAAUCCUCCCCAGGUCCAGGGCGUCGAUGACCUGACAGGCGAGCCACUGGUCCAGCGUGAGGACGACAAACCCGAGGCUGUCGCUGCUAGGCUCAGAAAAUACAAAGAUGCUGCAAAGCCAGUGAUAGAGUUGUACAAGAGCAGAGGCAUCCUUCACUCCUUCUCGGGGACAGAGACCAACAAGAUCUGGCCAUACGUGUACACCCUGCUUUCCAGCAAGAUCCCACCCAUUCUUUCGGACAAGGAGAACUAA